UCACCGCACGAGACAGUUCCAUCUUCGCGCGGCUAGCAGAUGAUAAUAAUGGCAAGUCGCAAGCAGUUGCCAAAUUGAAGCCACGUCCGACAGGGAAAUGCUUCCACAUUCUGUUGUCAGCUGGACUGUCUGUGUGGCACUGACAGGAACCAUUGUGACGUGUGAUCCCCAGGAAUUCACAGUUCGUGAGACGGUGUUCGGAAAGAUCAGAGGAUACGUGCACAGCGUUCUGGAGAACAACUCGACAGUCGAGCGCUUUCUGGGAAUCCCCUACGCGGCUGCCCCGACCGGCCAUCUCAGGUUCGAGAACCCCCGUGACCCGUCGCCAUGGAUGGGCGUUCUGAACACGACGGUGCUGCCCCCUGCGUGUCCACAGUCCGGCGCCCAGUGGUCGUACAUCCGCAUGCACGUGCCGGGUUUCGACCACAACGACGAGGACUGCCUCUACAUGAACAUCUACGUACCUAAGACAGGCGGCGACAACGUCAGCGACAUGGCGGUGCUGGUGCACGUGCACGGGGGAUCUAACGAGGUGGGGAUGGCGGCGAUGUUUCACGGAGACGUCCUAGCUGUGAUGGGCAACAUCAUCGUGGUUACGUUCAACUACAGACUCGGCCCGUUUGGGUUUCUAAACGGAGGAAAUUCUGAUUUUCCGGGAAACUAUGGUCUCUUUGAUCAAAGUUUUGCUUUACACUGGGUGCAGAAGAACAUUCAUUUCUUUGGCGGUGAUCCUUCCAAGGUCACAGUUGAAGGUCACAGUGCUGGUGGUGGUGACGUCGGCUUUCACAUAAUAUCACCUAAAUCAAAAGGUACAUUUCGUUACGCCAUUAUGCAAAGUGGUUCCCCCACUGCGUUCUGGGCGCUCGUCCGCCCUCCCCGGACCCUGGCGUCACCCACCGCGCGUUUCUCCUCCCAGCUCGACUGUCCUCACACCACGGACAUGGGGCGGGUCAAGCAGUGUCUGAAAACCAUUUACUGGGAGAACAUCGCCUUAGAACAGUAUCAGUUUGCUGCUGGUAUGUUCAAUCAUGCGCCGGUGAUCGACAACGUAUUUCUAAGCGACACCCCGGAAAACUUGAUACAAGAGUCCGAUCUGAACGGAGAAUCAUACAUGACAGGCCUCACUAGAGAUGAAGGGUCACUAACGGCCGAGCUGGUGGUUAACAAAAUGAACUACUUUAAGUUAACUUCGAUGUUUGCAAGAUCGUUUACUCCGCCAGCAUCUGAAGCGAAAAACAGUCGAGAGCUCAGUGAAUUAGUCGUGCACGAAUACAGUCCUUGGUCAGAUCCUACUAACAUAACGGCCAACAUCAUCGGGCUGUCGGAGAUUGUGGGCGACUCGACGUUCGUGGGCCCGGCUGUGGACGUGGCCAGUCGGUUAGCUCGCCGGAACAGAGACAUCUACUUCUACAGUUUCGAGUACCACUCGCCCUUGUCACCGCCGCCCAAAUGGCUAGGUGUGCCACACGGUCGUGAUCAGUUUUACCUGUUUGGCUGUCCGUUUUCCGGACACCCUCUGUACAACUACUCGAACGAAGAUCGGGAAGUGAGCCGUGUGUUCAUCGAAAUGUGGAGCAACUUUGUUAAAACUGGCAAACCUUCAUUUUCGUCAAUCCCUGCAGAGCCCAUUCCUCGAUUUUCCGGGGAAGAUCAACUUUAUGUGAAAAUAUCUGGGUACAACGGAAGCGCCACAGUGGCCAUUGGUUCCAGACCACGGGCUAAACAGGUGCAUUUUUGGAACUCUCUGUUACCAAGGAUACGAAUCGGCCAGAGUUCCGAUGAGCCAAUGGUCGGGACUAUAGCUUGGGUGUUUAUAGCCCUCACCGGGUUUCUUUUCGUCUUAGUCAUUGCUUUAAUAGGCUGUGUCGUUCACUAUAAGAAAAAAAGUUGUGACGUCUUAUGACCUUGAAUUGCGAUAGUACUAAAAUCAUAUGUGCCUUAUGGAAUACUGUGUUCAGCAUCGUCGUCUCAUACAGAAGGGGUGAUUCGUCCAAAGUACCGGCUGAUUUUCAACUCGUGGGAUCACAUCUUGUUUCUGCCAUGUCAUGCACUUUAUUAUGUGCAUUUUGUCUACUGUUAAGCAUGCCAAUGGUAAUCACUGUGUUAACUUCGAUGCUUGUUUGACCAUUUGCACGAUUUCACCACAACACUGCUGUUGUCUGCCCCACUAUGGUUUAUGUAAGAAUGUAUUACAAAACAUGGCGUUGUAUCUAAAAGCGGAAGUCACACGGUUAUCCAUGUUUACGACAAUAAUAUUUACGACAUAUUACCAUAAAUAGGUCUUUACUGUGCUAUUUUUUAUGAACACAGUAUUUUGUAUAUUAAAAAGUGUUAUAAGAUGGAGAUGAGACACUGUGACUUUAAAAAUCAUCCAUCAUUAAUAAAUCCCACAACAUGCGUAUCUAGUGAUUUCCGAUAUUCGGAGUAACUUGUGAACAUCAUAGGCGUCGGAGACGGGUGGUUGGGGUGGAACUCUAAAGGCAGCCUCCCCCUCCCCCACUCGUCCCAGUUGAAAGGCAAUCGAAAUAUGGAUUUGAAUGAAUAUUAUUUUUAACUAUUACAGUUCACAAGUAUAUAGGUCUCAUAAUUAUCUAUGUUUGUAGAAAUAUAGAAUAUCAGGUUAUAACGUAGCAAUCUGAUAUUUGUUUUGUCAUGCAACCACUUUCAAGUUAUAUUUUUGUAAUACGUUUCAGUCAAAAGUGGUAUAGAAACUAUUAGUUUUAUCGUGUAGAAACUACUUCCGAAAAUGGGACAAUAGCAGGUGCCCAAAAGCAUCAUGGGAUGACAUAGCCAGCCUAAAAGUUAUGUGUUUUCAAAUUUUAAAUAAGAUACUUUGACUAUAUUUCAAAGUCUGUUGUGUUACAUUACAAUUUCUGUACCUUUUUCUGUGAAAAUAAACUCAAGUUUAUGUGUGAC